AAUGAAAUUUCAUCAAAUCGUCAGCAUAUUGCAAUAUGUUCGGCGACCACGUUACUCAAUAUUUAAGUGUUUGAUUACCGGUAUUUCCUAGCAUAUGUGAUAUUAUCGAAAGCAUUUAGUAUUUAUUGUUAAAUGAGAAACAUAUUAGGUUUAGUUUAUAAUUGUAGUGUGUUUAGUAAACGUCUCCAACAAGUUUAUACUCAUAUAAGACUUUCACACAGUGCUCCAAACUGGGGAAGCAAUAAGUUACAUCGAAAGAUUAAAAUUCCGAAUCCUUUAAGAGAAAUAGUAAUGGCAGAUCCAAAAAUUGAAGAAAUACUUGCGCCCCUCCGGGCUAGCGUUAAAGAACAAGGUGAUUUAGUUCGAAAACUCAAAGAAGAAAAGGCACCAGAACUAGAUGUUAAAAAAGCUGUUGCUGAAUUAAAAGCACGAAAAAAGGUAUUGGAGGAUAAGGAAUUAGCUCUGGCACCUGCCGAAGAGAUGUUUGAUCGAGCUAAGAUGGAAGAUUUGAUUAAGCGCCGGUUCUUUUAUGAUCAAUCCUUUGCAAUUUACGGUGGUAUUACGGGUCAGUUCGACUUCGGGCCAAUGGGAUGCGCUCUCAAAAGUAACAUGAUUCAGCUUUGGAGAAAAUACUUCAUCCUUCAAGAGCAAAUGUUAGAAGUUGAUUGCUCCAUUUUAACUCCUGAGCCAGUGCUUAAAGCCUCUGGUCAUGUGGAAAGAUUUGCUGAUCUGAUGACAAAAGAUGUCAAGAGUGGAGAAUGUUUUCGGUUAGAUCAUUUAAUAAAAGCUCAUUUAGAAAAAAUUAAAAGUGAAAAGAAUACAAAAACUGAGUUGAAAGCAGAGAUUGAGGAUAUUCUUGUUAAGCUUGAUGGUAUGACAGCUGAUGAAAUGUCUUCCUUGAUGAAAAGAUUUGAUAUGAAAUCUCCAGUAAGUGGUAAUGACUUGACACCUCCCAUCGAGUUCAACCUUAUGUUUAACACCCAAAUUGGCCCAUCAGGCUUAGUAAAAGGCUUCUUAAGACCUGAAACUGCCCAAGGUAUCUUUGUGAACUUCAAAAGGUUAUUGGAAUUCAAUCAGGGCAGGCUUCCAUUUGCUGCAGCACAAAUUGGAAACUCCUUCAGAAAUGAAAUAUCACCCCGCUCCGGUCUUCUGAGAGUGAGAGAGUUCACUAUGUGUGAAAUUGAACACUUCUGUGACACAAAAGAUCAUCCCAAGUUUGAUUCUGUAAAGGACACUCAAAUGUUGUUGUACUCAGCAAACAACCAGGAACAAGGAAAAGCAGCCGAAAUUAUGACUAUCGGUGAAGCUGUCUCUAAAGGCAUUGUUAACAAUGAGACUCUGGGCUACUUCAUGGCUAGAAUUCAUUUAUACAUGCUAGCAGUGGGUAUUGAACCAAAGAAACUUAGGUUCAGACAGCACAUGGGCAAUGAAAUGGCUCAUUAUGCUUGUGACUGCUGGGAUGCAGAGUGCCUCUCCAGCUAUGGUUGGAUUGAGUGUGUAGGUUGUGCUGACAGAUCAGCUUACGACUUAACCCAGCACACAAAAGCAACUGGCAUAAGGUUGGCUGCUGAGAAAAAGUUACCAGCUCCUAAGCAAAUUGAAGUGGUUGAAGCAGUCGCUAACAAAGCAGCUAUUGGCAAGCAGUUCAAAAAAGAUGCCAAAGCCAUUAAUGAUGCAUUGUCAGCUCUGGAUGCUGCAGCGUUGGAACAACUACAGGAUAAACUUGAGAAUGAAAAAGAAUACACUCUGGUCACACCCAAUGGUGAUUUCAAAUUGACACCAGACUUGGUGAGUGUAAAGAAAACACAAAAAACUGUCCAUGUUGAGGAAAUCAUUCCCAGUGUGAUUGAACCCUCAUUUGGAAUUGGCAGAAUUUUGUACUGCAUUUUAGAACACAACUUUAAAAUGAGAGAUGGAGAUGAACAGAGAACAUACUUCUCUCUGCCACCCUCAGUGGCACCUAUGAAAUGUGCUGUAUUACCCUUGAGUGGAAAUGCUGAAUUCCAGCCAUUUGUCAGAGAACUGUCCCAAGAAUUGACAAUGGUGGAUGUCUCCCACAAGGUGGACGAUUCUUCUGGUUCCAUUGGAAGGAGAUAUGCAAGAACCGAUGAGCUGGGUGUUCCCUAUGCCAUUACAGUUGAUUUUGAUACUCUGAAAGAACCACAUUCAGUAACUUUGAGGGAGAGAGAUGGCAUGGGACAAGUUAGGUUAUUGUUAUCUGAAGUGCCUUCUGUUGUAAGGGACUUAUCGAAUAGUAAAAUCUCAUGGGCUGAGGUGGAAGCAAAAUAUCCUAAAUUUGAACAACAAGAAACAGUUAAAGGGGCUGCUGCAUAAGAAUGUCGUUUUUGUUUGAUCAAUGCUUUUAAAAAAU